AUAGCAAGAAUUUAACCAUUCGCUUUAAUGGGCCAGUCUGCAGUACAGUGGGGGCUUGGUUUCUUUGUGCACAGUCUAGAGGGGAAUUCACGCCGAAGUUGUUUAUAUUUUUUGUAGCCUUGAAGGAGAGACAUAAGCAAAAUUUUACCGUCAAACAACUCUGUGCUGCCUGUAAGGGCAGCCUGAGUGGAAUCUGUCCAUGUUGCUGGCCUGUUGUGCAGCAGGCGGGUACCCUGAGCAGCUGGAUGCUGGAGGAGCAGUGCUGGAAGGCACAAAAAGCCCGUUAUGUCAGGAGAGCUGUUGUAUGUGUUGGCGACAGAUGACUUCUUCUGUCUGUCUGAGGGCAGACUUAGCCUCCUAUUUAUCCUGUGAGAAGGAUGCUUCUAAUGAGAGGUGCUUUCUUCAUCUGGUCCUGGCUUUCUCAGAAAUGUUGCUUUGGGAAUGAAAUUUUGUUUGCUCGGUUUUACACCAUGGAGGUGCACAUGCAUGCCCCAGUGCUGUGGGCAGGCAGCACAGAGAACGUGGCUGUGUAAGGGGGCUUGAUGGCUUGUACCAGGCUCAGCAGGUGGCUGAAAGGAAGCAGGAGGUGAGUUUGGCAAUUUUGUGAGCUGCUGCCAUGUCUGUUCUCAUUGAUGUCAAAGAUGGCCAUACACAUACAAAGGGAAUGUAAAGUCAUGGCUGAGAAUCUUAAAAGGUUCAAGGGUCAGGCAAUUCCAAAGGCAAAUUCUCCUGGCAGCACCACAGCACUCGGUGUGUGUUAGCAGUUCCCUGUAAAGCAUGGGGACCAUGUGGUGGAAGCAGUAUUCCUGUGCAAUCAUUGGUUCUGAAGUCUUCUCUGUGCCAAAAUUUCCCACCUUUGUUUGGUAUGAAUUCAUAUUUUUCCAUGUGUUGCAUGAGCAUAUGCUCCCCCAGAUUCUGUUUACCUGAUUUCCCUUCUGAAUCAGUAUCUGUUCUCUCCCUCGUUUUCUUCUACCUGUGUUUUUUUAAUCAUAGGAGAUAGAGAUGAGCAUUUAUCUCUAUGGCUGCAUGAUAUUUGCCUCAUACCUGCUUAUUGACUUGAGAAAAGACUUUCUAAAUAGGGCAAGAGCGUCCUGCAACUGGAAUCUUUUAAUACACGGGAUUUGUUCAUCGCAUCAGAGUUUUUGAUGGGAGAUAAUGUCUUCAAGUGGGGCAGAUCAACUAGAAGUCUCUGUGGAUGUCCAGAAGAAUAUUUUAACCACAGGCACAGUCCCAUGUUCCAGCCCAAACCUGAUUAAAGCUCAGAUUGUUUGGGUGUUCGCGUGAACAGGAAAACACCACAUCAACUGUUUCUCUCUUUUCAGUGCAGACAGGAAAGCGAGAGCAGGGCCUUUCUUGCCCAGGUGAAUUUGCCUUCAUCUGCACACUGUUGCCUUGGGGUGAUGUGCAGCCAGUGCUGGUCAAAUCCAUCAGCCAGUCUCAUUCCCAGCUCAGCUCCAUGCCCUGUGCAGCCAGCCGGAUAGUAGUCAUUGCUGUAGGUGACUUACAGGUAGUUUUUUUCACCAACACUGGGAACAGAGGUGGGGUUUGCAUAUGUGUGUGUUUUGGGGGGAUGUGUGUGACUAUAUGUGGAUAUUGACAUUGGUAUAGGUAGAGAGGCAUUUCCCUCCUCUGGGAGGCUGUGAAGUCCCACCCACGAUGGGAUGCAGAGGGACUGUCCACAUGAAAUAUGUUAAAAAUAUUCUCUGGUGGUUUGCAGGAUGGAGGCUCAGCAAAACUGGAGACUCGGGUUAAUGUCUAAUACUAAAAGAAACUGAACAAGAAAGAAAGCCACAACAAUCUCUCCCCCUCCCCCAGGCCUGAUUUCCUAAUCUUUUAGGAAUGAUUUACAAUAAAUAAAAGAUUUUUUGAAAGAAGUUUUUUUUUUCCAAGUUAACAAUAGAUGUUAAAGUACCCCUCCCUGUGGUCCUUUCCCAUUUCUUUCACACUGUCCAGCUUUAGACUUCAUCCUGCAGCAAGAUUCAUGAAGGCAACUCCCCUGUGCCCAUGCAGAGAGAUCACGGCGGUAUGCAAACCAUAAUCACCUGGAUUCCUUACAGAAAUGGGUUGUUUCCUUUCGAGAAGGCUCAUUAGAGCAUGCAGCAGUGUAAACCUGAAAGCUUGUAAGAAAAUGGUUUCAUAGAGACUGAUCUCUCUUGUCCCACAGCUCCUCUGAUCAUUUACACGGGAGCACAAAAGAGGGCAAAAACCCGCCAAACCUAAAGCAAACAAACAAAGCAAAACAUCCACCUAAUGGUGUGUGUUCUAAUUUCCAACAGUGAUGGUGUUUUACACCCACUUUGUGCAGGUGUACACGAAUGCGGGGUCGGGAAGCAGUGUAGAGAGCAAAGCUCUGAAGGAGUUAGUGGAGCUUCCCUGCUGGAAGGUUAUAAUCGCACUGAAAGAGGGAAAUCUUGCCUCGGUAGACGGGAAAUAUGUGAUGCAAUUUCAGCACAGAGUUGCUAGAGAUAGAAUAGCCCAUAAACUAAAAAAAAAAAAAAACUGUAGGGAACACGUUGCAUGGCCCAAAUGUGCCAUGUCGAAGCUAAUAGCAAGGGAUCCCGUGACUGCAGGAGCAACAAUGUACUGGCUACAUGAUGCAUGGUGUUGACAUCCUUUACCUGCAAGGAGAAGUGCCCGUCCAUGAUUCUGGGAGUAGGGACUGUUGGCAUAUUCUUCCUACUGCUGACAGCUUUCCUUGAGGCAAGGUUUUUUAAACAGUAUUGAUUGAAAAGGCCCAACCUACUGUUGUAUUUGAGGUGAAAGUGUUUCACGUGGAAUGACUGUGUGUGUGGCUGGAGAAGGCUCCACUUUGGAGAGUUGAUGGUGAGGAGCAGGGUGUGACUUCAGAAAAGGGUAAUGUCUCCAGCCUUGACAUGCUGAGGAUCCAUGUCUCCAUUUCACCUUCCCUCAGUCCCAUCUUCAAAAGUUCCUGUUUCUCAGAUGUUUCCACCUCCUCCAGUUGUGCCAGUUCAGCUGCUUGUGGGGAUGAAAUCUACAUCAGGGCUGGUCUGGUGUUAAGGUUUUUUUCUUGUUAGUAGGGCUUUUAAAAAAAAGUUGGGUCAUUUAAACAGCUCACCUAUGCAUGUAGCUACAUAAAUAGUUUAACUGGCACAAGUGAGCGGCAAUAACUGAGAGAGCAUGGCAGGAUCCUCUGAAACUGGGUCUGCUGCAGAUGGAACAGUGAAACAGAGCCACAGCCCUACACGCUCUCAAUGUUAUUUGCAUGAGUAGCUCCAUUGUGCUUCAGUGGGACUCUACUUACACAUGUAAAAUUAAGUGUUUGCAGGGCCAGGCCCUUGAAGAGAAUAAAAGCCGCGAUCGGGGUGUGCCAUGCUCUGAACCAUGUACAGAAAGUGUCAUGCAAAUGUAUUUUGCUGGCUGGGCUAUCUUGUCUGGUCUGUCUGCUCUGAAGAACCAGAGCUCCUGUGGCAGCUUUCCUUAGGCUUGGUUUGCUCUAAUGGAAGAGGGCCCUGCUUUUGAAUAGACGGGCUGAUCUCCUGCCCUCGCUGCAGACAGGGAGUUGUGAGGAAAGCGUACACAGUGUGGUGAGAGCUGUAAUGCUUCCAAGAUGUUCUUGGAUUUGCCGGAGUGCUCUAAAGAGUCGGGACAGCUGGUUUCUCUGGGGCAGCUUUUAUGCGCUUGGUCAAGGAGGGCAAGGCCCCAAUACAGGGGGCUGUUCUCGAGGCUGGUGGGGACAGUCCCACCACAUCUGGGGCUCUGCUACCUGAAAUCCCGACUUACAACCAGUUAGGAUCGUUUUGGAGACUGUUGUUGUCAGUUCCCAUGGUAAAACCCUUCAAGGACAGCCUUGGGAAUUCACUGCUGUGGCAGAUUCCCAAAGGUGGUGGGUGAAGCUGCAACUUAACUCUUGCGAGUGAAGCAAAUCACCUUGAUCGCUGCUCUCUGGAGCCCCAAAGAGAGGAAGGAAGAGACUUAAAGCCGUUGAAGGGGAGAGGCUUGGUGUGGUUAUUUGAGACCGCUGCCUGCAGAGUUGCACAGUCAUUUAUAACUGUUUGAAAUGUGGGGGGAUGGGGUCGGGGGGAUGGGAGGGGAGUCGAGGAACCACAGCAUCUGCAAACUAGUAGCAUUUUGCGCUCGUUUUACCCGGUCUAACUCCUAAAGGGACCAGACAGCGAAGUACUGGGUCGGAGGAGGGAGAACAAAAAAGGCAGUUCGCUAACUCCUUGUAUUUUAUCACCGCUGUUGCAUGUGUCGGGAUUUGAGGCACAGGGCAGGAUUUUCAAAGGUACAUUUGGAAAACGGAAGUUGGGUGCCUGGCUUCCUUAGGCUCCUUAGAAAAAUCCCAGCCUCUGCUGCCCAGGGCAAACAACUUCCUUUUAAGCAAAGCACGAUGGGUUCCUGGUGUCGGUGAGAGUGGGACUGGGUCUUCUGUCGGAAGCACUGUGAGGUACAUUCUCUUCCUUGCACCAUGCUGGGCUGCCUGGCCGGCAUGGUGGGAUGCGUGAAGGACAGGAGGAAUUGCGGGUGUUGCAUUAAAAGAGACACGUAUCAAUGUAUAAAUGGGCGAAGUUUAAACAUCGCUUAAAGGAGCAUGUGGAACCGAUGGCAGCAAAGGUGGUGGUUCCAGUUUCACGGACACUUCAGCUGUAGAAGGUGCUGGCCGCCAUCACUGGAAAGAUGCAGGUGGGGCUGGCGACAUUGGGUGGAAGGACUUGUCAGGGAUCAGAUUUCCACCUUCGGGUCGGGUCGUGGAUCCUGGGAACUUGUAGCCCCAGGGACUUGUCUAGAAAAGGUGUCAGUGGGCUGAAAGUCUGUCCAGCGGGAAGUGCUUCGGAUCUCGGGUCUGCAAACCAGAAGGGACUGAAACCCCACUAUUAAGAAGUAUCUCCCUGAAGGAAGAGUAUCUAUUUGGGGUAAGAGGUGAUAAUUAGAUACUGUUGCAAUGCUCAGGAAGCUGUGAAGAGUUCUCCAGCAGUAUUUGCGAGUGACCAAGGACAAGGGAAGGAGAAGAGAGGGACAAAAAGAGAAAAAGGGAUUGAGGGCUGAGCAAAGAGAGGAGGUGGUUUUAUCUGCCAAGAGCAACGCCCAGCGUGAAUGUUGCGCUAAAAGGGUCUUCUUCCAAAGACUUGAGUUACUUAAAAGUGGGAGUUGGACAAAGAAUGGGUCGUUUGAGGAUAAAAGGGGAGGGAGGACACUGCAUUUCUGUUCCCUGAUGUUGUAUUGGCUAAACAGGUUAUUCAGGCAGCGCGGAUAAGCAAAACUGAUCCGCUGACUUUCUCUGUUCGGCUGCAUCGGUGUGCCACCGGUGGCUUGGAAACCUCUUCCUUACGGCCACGAGAUCGCCCAUUUUAAGAACAUUUUGUGGAAGGUGAAGGAUUAGUGGAUUUUGAAAGCCGUCUUUUCACAGAGUAAGUCUCAGACUGAAAAGGGCGGGGGAUUGCUAAAAAUUUUCAAAACUCUUCACUGCCAGUUUGAAACCAAACUACAUUGAUGUCUAAUCCCCCAAACACGGAGCAUUUGUCCAGGAUGGGGCCCUUGAGCAUUUUUAGGAGUUGAUAGGUUGUGUCUGUUUGCCAUUACUGCCUGGUCCCUCCCUGUUCAGUUCCAGGCUUCUGCUUAUCCCGGCGCUUUCUCUCAUCAGAAUAAAGCCCCCAGGUCACUCGGCGGGUGGGCAGUCGGGGUGCUCAGCCCCCGGGCAGGAGGGACGCUCUUCUCCUCCGCAAACUCCCUCCGCUCUCAUCCCGCAUUCUUCAGAAACGUGCGGAAGGGACAUGUGCCAGCGGCCCGGGCCGCUCCACGAUGGUCCAGCGGCUCCCCCGGCCGUGCCAUCGGGCUGGCGGCGAUUCCCGGUGGCCGCCUGGGGUCCCCAGGGCGCGUGGACUGCCCCUCGCCGGGGGGGGGGAGGCUGAGGCGGGGGUACCACGGCACCGGGGUGGGCCUGGGCAGGCCGGUGCCGAGGAGGGCGGGCAGGGCAGCAGACUGGGGCCGGGCGGCGCCAUCCCCUAUCCCGCAUCCCGUAUCCCGCAUCCCCUCCGGGGCGCCGCGCGCGCUGCCCCUCAGGGGCCCCGCGCGCCGUUUCCGUUAAGGGGGUGCCGCCGUUGGGGGGGGGGGGGGGGGCAGGGUGAGGGCGGGCCCCCCGCGCGCGCCGCCUCAGGGGGGAGCGGCAGGGCCCCUCCCCGGCCCCACCGGGGGCGCCUCCCCUGCGGUGACUGUUUUUUGUGAGACAAGUGGUUUGCAACUCAUGGCCUCCAUGAUGAGUACUGCAGUGUCGUGACACCAGGGGUCUUGUGUGCCCUGGAGAUGCGAGACUUCCCCUGGGCAGCAGGAGGCACGCAUCUAGAGAAUGCUGCAGCUGCAGGAGGGAAGUGCCCAGUGCAAAAGCAGCGAGGAGCAAAGAGAAAAAAGGCAAGCAGGCAGCCAGCACUGAGAGAAGCGGGUGGCAGAAAGUGCUUCGACGCUGCCUCUGGCGGCACGCUCCCCAGAGGAACUUGACGAGAACCCAUCUGCGUGUGUGUGAGACUGUGAGCUCAGGAUUUCUGUCAAUGCAUUCCAGUAACCCCAAAGUGAGGAACUCCCCGUCAGGCAACACACAGAGUAGCCCCAAAUCAAAGCAGGAGGUGAUGGUCCGUCCCCCUACAGUGAUGUCCCCGUCUGGCAACCCUCAGCUGGAUUCCAAAUUUUCCAACCAAGGCAAACAAGGGGGCUCCACCAGCCAAUCCCAGCCCUCUCCCUGUGACCCCAAAAGUGGAGGUCACACCCCCAAAGUGCUCCCGGGCCCGGGUGGGAGUAUGGGGCUGAAGAACGGGGCUGGAAAUGGUGCCAAGGGGAAGGGGAAGAGAGAGAGGAGCAUUUCGGCAGACUCUUUUGAACAGAGGGAAGCUGGGACUCCUAAUGAUGACCCAGAAAUCAAAGACUGCAAUUCUGCUGAUCAUGUGAAGUCCCAGGAGUCUCAGCACACACCACACUCCAUGACUCCUUCAAAUGCUUCAGCCCCAAGGUCUUCCACACCUUCCCAUGGUCUGACUGCCACUUUGGAACCAGCAAGUGGGCAGAAGACUCCAUCCAAAGUGGUUUACGUCUUUUCUACUGAGAUGGCCAACAAGGCUGCAGAAGCUGUGCUGAAGGGACAGGUGGAAACCAUCGUGUCCUUUCAUAUCCAGAACAUCUCAAACAGCAAGGCGGAACGAAACACUGUACCCUUGAAUCCUCAGAUCACUGCACUUCGGACUGAACCCAAGCCCCUGCCACAGCCCCAGCCCCCUGCUGCCCAGGACCAGAACCCUCCCCAGAACGCCAAAAUGCAGCCGACUCCACCCGUGUCAGCGCCAGUAUCCAAACCCACUGGCCCCCCAUGUCCCAUAGAUCAGGACAGUCCCAGUGUGGAAAGCAAAGUGAUGUCUGUGGGCAGCCCUGCCAACUCUACCCCGUUGCAGACAGAAGGAUUCGGGCAGAGUUCAACCCCCAAUAAUCGAGCAGUUAGCCCAGUUUCCCAAGGUAGCAAUAGCUCUGCUGCGGACCCCAAAGGUCCUCCCCAGCAGGGGUCUGGUGGGGACCCAUCCAGUUUGGGUGAGAAUCCCGAUGGACUGUCACAGGAGCAGCUGGAGCACCGAGAGCGCUCGUUGCAGACCCUGAGAGACAUCCAGCGCAUGCUCUUCCCUGAUGAGAAGGAGUUUGCAGGAGGACAAAGUGGAGGGCCACCCCCAAAUGCUGGGGUGCUGGAUGGUCCCCAAAAGAAACCUGAAGGGCCGAUACAGGCUAUGAUGGCUCAAUCCCAAAGUUUAGGCAAAGGGUCGGGGUCUCGGACAGAUGGAGGGGCUCCGUUUGGCCCUCAAGGACACAGGGACAUGCCUUUUUCCCCAGAUGAAAUGGGGCCACCACCAAUGAACUCCCAGUCAGGAGCCAUAGGUCCAGACCACCUGGACCAUAUGACUCCUGAGCAGGUGGCCUGGCUCAAGCUGCAGCAGGAGUUUUACGAGGAGAAGAGAAGGAAGCAAGAGCAGGUGGUUGUGCAGCAGUGUUCCCUGCAGGACAUGAUGGUCCACCAGCAUGGUCCUCGUGGGGUGGUCCGAGGUCCUCCCCCUCCCUACCAGAUGACGCCUGGUGAGGGUUGGGGACCUGGGGGUCCAGAGCCCUUCCCUGAAGGCAUGAACAUGUCACACUCUUUGCCCCCCAGGGGCAUGGCCCCUCAUCCCAACGUGCCCGGGAGCCAGAUGCGCCUGCCUGGUUUUGCAGGAAUGAUGAACCCUGACAUGGAAGGCCCCAAUGUCCCGAAUCCCGCCUCACGGCCUGGGCUUUCAGGAGUUAGUUGGCCAGAUGAUGUGCCAAAAAUCCCAGAUGGGCGAAACUUCCCUCCUGGUCAGGGUGUCUUCAGUGGCCCUGGCCGAGGGGAGCGGUUCCCAAAUCCGCAGGGCCUGCCUGAAGAGCUCUAUCAGCAGCAGCUGGCUGAGAAACAGAUGGGCCUUCCUCCUGGUCUGAACAUGGAAGGCAUCAGGCCUGGCAUGGAGAUCAACAGAAUGAUGCCCUCCCAGAGACACAUGGAGCCUGGGAACAACCCCAUCUUCCCUCGCAUGCCGGUAGAAGGACCGAUGAGCCCCUCUAGGGGGGACUUCCCAAAAGGAAUACCCCCACAAAUGGCUUCUAGCAGGGAGCUGGAGUUUGGGAUGGGCCCCGGCAGCAUGAAGGGGGACAUGAGCAUGAAUGUCAGCAUGGGCUCCAACCCACCCCUGGUCCCUCAGAAGCUGAGGGAGGCAGGAGUCGGGCCGGAAGAGAUGAUGAAGCUGCGCCCUGGUGUCUCGGAGAUGCUCUCCUCUCAGCAGAAAAUGGUGCCGCUGCCGUUCGGGGAGCACCCGCAGCAGGAGUAUGGCAUGGGUCCCAGGCCUUUCCUUCCCAUGUCUCAGGGCCCAGGAGUCGGUCUCCGGAAUCUCAGAGAACAGAUUGGGCCCGACCAAAGGACUAACAACCGGCUCAGCCACAUGCCGCCACUACCUCUCAAUCCCACCAGUAACCCGAAUAGCCUCAACACUGCUCCCCCUGCGCAGCGCAGCCUCGGCCGCAAGCCCUUGGAUAUCUCUGCAGCCGGUCAGGUGCAUUCGCCAGGAAUCAACCCCCUGAAGUCCCCCACGAUGCGCCAGGUCCAGUCUCCCAUGAUGGGGUCUCCCUCGGGGAACCUCAAGUCCCCUCAGACGCCCUCCCAGCUGGCAGGAAUGCUCGCGGGCCCCACUGCUGCAGCUGCUGCUGCCUCCAUUAAAUCCCCCCCUGUCUUGGGGUCUGCUGCUGCUUCUCCUGUCCACCUCAAGUCUCCGUCUCUCCCCGCACCUUCUCCUGGAUGGACUUCAUCUCCAAAGCCUCCUUUGCAGAGCCCUGGGAUUCCCCCGAACCACAAGGCGUCUCUAACCAUGUCUUCUCCAGCCAUGCUGGGGAACGUGGAGUCGGGCGGUCCACCUCCUUCCACAGUCAGCCAGUCUGCUCCUGCGACUCUCCCUGGAAAUCUUCCCUCUAGCAGUCCUUACACAAUGCCUCCAGAGCCAACCCUCUCCCAGAAUCCCCUCUCCAUCAUGAUGUCCAGGAUGUCCAAAUUUGCCAUGCCCAGCUCUACGCCACUCUAUCAUGAUGCCAUCAAAACUGUGGCCAGCUCAGAUGACGACUCCCCUCCAGCACGCUCCCCAAACUUGCCACCUAUGAACAGCGUACCAGGAAUGGGCAUUAAUUCUCAGAAUCCUCGAAUUUCAGGUCCAAACCCAGUGGGUCCAAUGCCAACCCUUAGCCCAAUGGGAAUGACCCAGCCUCUUUCCCAUAACAACCAGAUGCCCUCUCCAAAUGCUAUGGGACCCAAUAUACCUCCUCACGGGGUCCCCGUGGGACCCGGCCUGAUGUCACACAACCCAAUGAUGGGGCAUGGUUCCCAGGAGUCUCCAAUGGUACCUCAAGGACGCCUGGGCUUCCCGCAGGGGUUUCCUCCCGUACAGUCCCCUCCACAGCAGGUGCCAUUCCCACACAACGGGCCCAGCGGUGGACAAGGCAAUUUCCCAGCGGGAAUGGGCUUCCACGGAGAAGGACCUCUGGGGCGUCCUAGCAACCUGCCCCAAAGUUCGACAGAUCCAGCACUUUGCAAGACUGGAGGCCCUGGAGGUCCAGACUCCUUCACUGUUCUUGGAAACAACAUGCCUUCGGUUUUCACUGAUCCAGAGCUGCAGGAGGUGAUCCAUCCUGGAGCCACGGGAAUACCUGAGUUUGACCUGUCCAGGAUUAUCCCAUCGGAGAAGCCCAGCCAGACACUACAGUAUUUCCCUCGUGGGGAGGUGCCAGGCCGCAAGCAGCCGCAGGGUCCCGGGCCUGGCUUCUCCCACAUGCAGGGGAUGAUAGGAGAGCAGACUCCAAGGAUGGGACUAACAUUGCCCGGCAUGGGGGGCCCCGGGCCGGUGGGAACUCCGGAUAUCCCUCUCGGCACGGCUCCGUCCAUGCCCGGUCACAACCCGAUGAGGCCGCCGGCCUUCCUGCAGCAGGGCAUGAUGGGGCCGCACCACCGCAUGAUGUCACCAGCACAGCCCGCCAUGCCCGGCCAGCCCGCGCUCAUGAGCAACCCCGUGGCCGCCGUGGGCAUGAUCCCGGGCAAGGACCGAGCCCCCGCCGGGCUGUACAGCCACCCGGGCCCUGUGGGGUCACCUGGGAUGAUGAUGUCAAUGCAGGGCAUGAUGGGACCCCAACAAAACAUCAUGAUUCCCCCCCAGAUGAGGCCCCGAGGUAUGGCUGCUGAUGUUGGCAUGGGAGGAUUUAGCCAAGGCCCUGGAAACCCAGGGAACAUGAUGUUUUAAGCUGCUACCAUAAGACUGGAUGUUCUGAUCCUUGUCAAGAUGAGAUUCCAAGUCCUGAGGGCUUUUUUGGGAGCUUCAGGAGUACAGUUUGGCCAUGCAAUAGGUGAAAAGAGACCAGAGGAUGCUUUGGGAAAUCUCGAAUGUAUGGAAUUACCUGAAAAAAAAAAAUUCAUUUUAACAGGUUGUUUUUUUUUUAAGAUUUAUUUUUUAAAAAUUAUUUUUGUGGACUUGGGUAUCCCGUGACGGCACCUGCUUUGAGAAUCUGUAGCUGUAUUUUGAGAAUUGCCAUUUGUCACAAGUUGCACCAUUCUCUGUAUGUUUACGUCCUUCGGACUGGCUUCUCCCAGGACUCUCGGUUAUUUUUGGGGUUUUUUGUGUACUGUACUAUAUUGUAAAAGGGAUUUUAGCAGAGACUUUAGUCUUUGGGGUGAGAGGAGAAUGGGAUUCUAGGCUGUUUACUUUAGGUGGAGAAUCCAUCUUCAGAACUUCGGACUAUUUUCCUUCAACUCCAAUGUAUAGAAAAACCAAACUACGACCUCAGAGCAGAGUAUUAAUGAAAAGCACAAAAAGGAACUUAAGUUCAGUGAGGGGAAUCUUUUAAAAGAAAUAAAUAAUAAGUUAAGGACAUAUUUUUCAAA